GCCAUCGAUUGGCCCAAGGUUGCACGACGGCCAGUUAGUGAGGAUGCAGUGGUAUCCACCUGAACUUGGAUGCAAUAUGACCAAGAGAUAGAUAGAAAGGUGUUGUUUUUUGGACUAGGGAUCACCCGAUAAUAGACGCAUCAGGAAAUCAGGGAUACCACCGGCCUUCUCGUAUGCAGCAGCACUAGCUAGCUAGCAGUAGCAACAAAACCAUCGAGGUUAACAUCACCUUGACAACUGUUGUAUGGUAACCUGAGGUCUGGAAAGAGAAGGUUGGUAUAAAGAUCGAGAGACAGAAGCUUGUCUAAGGUUGGCUGGAGGCUGGAGGGUAUACAAGGAAGAUUGAGACUUAAUAAAAUAACGGAGAUCGAGAGAGAUAACCGACGCUACUACAUGUACAGUGGUUUGAGGGUAUCCACGGAAGAUAGAGCUCACUGCAACCUAUUACCACCGUCUAAUUCAUACCCCAACAACAACCACCACCACCAUGAGUGAUAACAAAAACCCUGAUACCACAGGUAGCAACAACCCGGAUACUGGCAAUGUGGAGGAAGAGACGGCAGCAGCCGAAGCACGGGACAACCUUGCCAGUCUGGCUGCCAGCAUUGAGACGUCUACGCCCUACAACACUCCCUCCUUUGAUCAGGAAGAAGAAGAAGAACUCGAUGCCGAUAGCAUGCGUAUGGAACGACAACAGCGAAGUUCCACCACCGGUGGCGACUUUUCUCCUCGACGAGGGUCCAGUUUUAAAAUACCCGAAGCGUUCAUGAAUCGAGAUUACUUGUCGGGAAGUGUCUUUGGGUUGGAAAAUACUCCAGGCGCUACGGCUGGAACUGGGGGCGACGACAAUGAGGAUGCCCUCGAUGCCAGUGUGCGUUUUGCCGAAGAAGCCGCCGUGGAAGCCGAACGAGUCGCCGCAUUGGCCGAAGAACAACGACAAGCGGCACUCUUGGUGGCGGCACAAGCCGACGCUCAGUCGAACGAAUUGGCCGCGGCCCAACAGGCGGCUCAGGCGGCCGAAUUCGAAGCGGAACGACAACGCAUGGCCAUGGAAUUGGCACGGCAAGAUGCCGCCAAGAUUCAAUUGGAAAAGGAGCAAGCCGAGAAAGCCAAUGUUGCGGGGGAAGAAGCGGAACAAGCCGUGCGAGAAGCGGAACAAGAACAGCGACAACAACGAUUGGCCACGGCGGAGGUACAAGAGGACGCUUUGAAACAGGCAGAGUAUAAUAUAAAACGAGCCGAGGAGUUGCAAAAAGCGAUAGAUGCGGAACGGGAGGACACGGUGGAAGAUCCAUGGAAGUUGGAAGAGCAACGAGAUAUUGAAUUGAGAGCGCUGCAGGAUGCGGCUCAAGAAGUCCAAGCCAAACUCAAGGACGAAGAAGAUCGACUCGAGGCAACCAUUCAGGAGGAAUUGAUGGCCGAAGACGUUCCCUUGACUGCUGCGACUGCCACGUCCAAACACAGCUCCACGCAUAGUACCAAUUACCUGAGUGACUUGGCAGUGCCCUUUCUGCAAGAGUUGGAAGACGUGUUGGACAGGCAUGACGAGGAAACCUUUGCAACUGUCUACGAAGCCGAUGGCAAACCCACCAAGAGCCUGACAUACUACAAGAUUUGGGACGAUGCCGGGAUUCUGUCCUAUCACCUACGGCAUACGUGGAAGCUCAAAAAGGGAGAGACGGUGGUGCUCUGUUUGGAUAGCAGUGGUCUGAGCUACAUUGCUGCUUGGAUAGGAUGUCUGCGGGCGGGGGUCGUCCCUCUGGUCGUCGCAGCGCCGCAUCCGCCGUUUGAUACACCCUUGGCCAAAAUGAACUUGAUUCUCAAGGCAGCAGCUCCCGUGGCUCUGAUUCUCACCGAUUCCGUCGUGGCCUACUGGAAGGAAAAGGAUCAAGCCGAUCGAGAUUCGACGAGUUGUCUCAUGUGGCCUAUGGAUGCGCCAUGGCGGGUCGUGGACAAACCGUUGGAAGCCAAACGCAAGGAGGCAACGACGCCUCUGGCGGGUGGUUCCUCUGGACGCGGUUCCACUGGAGCUAGUUCCUCUAGACGAUUUCGACGUGGCGGUUCAGGUGCGACUCCCUCUCCAAAGCAGCAGUCAAGACCGUCCUUCUUUUGGAGACAACCAGAGACUCCCGGAUCUCCAUCGAUGGUGCAGCGAGCAUCCAUCUUUUUGGGUGGAGGUUCCUCUCAAUCCUUCCAUUUGACAGGGACGUUUGAUGAAGCAGAGUUGAAGCCAGAUGAUGUUGCUUGUCUCACUCAUACUGCAGGAAGUACGGGAGAUCCCAAGGUAGUCUCCCUUACGUUUGAAGCUCUCCACGAAGCUAUUUUGAUGACACAGAAGAACUUGAAAGAUAUCUUUGGAAGCGAAUUGGAGGGUUUGUCAUGGUUGCCGCCAGAUCAUCACCUGGGUUUGUUUCUAGGUAUGGUCUGUCCGCUAAUGAGCGGGUGCCGGAUGCACUACAUGUCUCCCAAGGACUUUGAGCAUGCUCCAGUCCAGUGGCUUUUCCUGAUGUCACGUUACAAGGUUGCAUGGACGGUUGCCCCGGAUCCCGCCUACCGGUUGUUGAUGCGGACGGUAGAGGAUAUCAGAUCAGAGAACUAUUAUGAUCCGGCGUUCGCAGCAAGAGCUGCAAGAGAGAUUGAUCUAUCAUCACUGCGGCAUUUGCUCAAUGUUGGGGAAGCGACGCGCUUUGACACACAGUCCAAGUUCCGCAAAAUCUUUGGACACUUACGGUUGCACAAGGAAUGCAGCGUCACAGCAGGAUACAGUUUGUCCGAAAACAUCCUGGCAGUAUCAUGGGUGUCGGGCGAGUUUGUGGUUGUGCCAUCCACAUUGAACUACGCUCCAACAAACUGGGUCGCAGUUGCAAGAAAGUCAGCAUUACCGGAUAAUGUUAAGCUUGUUGUGGUGGAUACUUCGACCCGACAGCCCCUGCCCAAUGGAACCGUUGGAGAAGUCUGGGUGGCAAGCCCCAGUGUCACGGCCAUGAAAGGGUAUCACAGAAACAAGAAGUUGUCCAAGAAAAUCUUCCAGGCGCGACUCAAGGGUGCCAAGCAAAAGUUCUUGCGGACAGGCGACCUUGGGUUCUGGGAGAUUGAUCAUUUGUAUAUUUGCGGUCGAAAGAAGGACGCCAUGGAAAAUACGAAGAACAUCUCGUAUUAUCCCCCUGAUGUCGAAUGGGUCGUUGAGGACGCUCGUCCAGAAGUCAAACCAGGCGCUGUGGCGUCCUUCUCGUCUGUUGGAGGCACAGUGGAAGUGGUAUUUGAAGUCAUGAAAUCAACCAGUGGUGACACUGUGAAGGAUGUAUGCAAGACAGUUGCCAAGGCUGUGAAAGAAAGCACAGGAAUCAUAGCUUCAAGCGUCGUGGCUGUUCCCGAAGGUGCGAUCCCCAAGACCUCGUCGGGCUUGGUAGAAAGGAGAAUCACCAAACAGAAGCUCCUGAAGGAGCAUAUCACCAUCUUGUACGACUACCCUGGGCGAAAUAGCAGAAUCUCCAUCCCUGACACAAGUAAAAUGAUCGAACAGCGAGCCAUCCCAGACAUUCAGUCGAUUAUCCAACGAACCAAACGAGCUGAGAAUGUUGGUGAACACAGUCUCGCCAACCUUCAUGAAGCAGAACUGGACAACAUCUUGUCGCGGUAUGUGGGCAGUGGAUUUGACAACGAGUUGUCUUGGGAUGAGCUUGGGUUGACUUCCACUAGUUCGGUUCCGAUGCGGCGAGACCUCGAGGCUUCCAUGUUUGUCACCUUGCCGCCCAACUGUCUCGAGCAACACCCCACGCCAGCGUCUUUGAAGGAACACAUAACCGAGAACAGCGGGAAUCCUCUGAUAACGGAUGCCAUGUAUCUUCAACUCAACCAAUGUGUUCAGCUUUCUUGGCAGUAUGUUGGGUUGCUCCAGGCCAUCCUCUCUUUACUCAUCAUACUUCUGUUUUCGGUUCCUGUCCUUCCAUGCUAUUUGGCAUAUGAAUUCUUGUCGGUAGCAGAGCCUCUCUACUUGCUCAUGAUUCCCAUUUGGAUGGUGACGUUUUCCAUGAUUGUUGUCACCGCCAAAUGGAUCGCCGUCGGCAGCUACAAAGAGUGUCGCAUCGUGACACCAUCCUAUCCCUACCUAUGGUGGUGGUUUGUUGAUCGAUUGGUUGAUCUUUGGGAGGUUUGGGUGGGCCAAUUCAUUAUCAAUACUCCUUUCCUUUGGCUUUUCUACACGGCCAUGGGUGCUGACUUGAGUGUGUCAUGUGAGCUAGAUGGUUUCAUCCGGGAAUUUGACUUGAUUACCAUGCGGGAGAAUUCGUCGUUGAAGUAUCACUGCCUCAAGUGCCGAAAAUUCUCUUCGUGGGAGCGCUUUGAAAGAGGCCCAUUGAUGGCAUUCCGCCCAAUCUCAAUUGGAGCUCGAUCCAAAGUUCGUGGGAUGCUUUCCUUGGGUACACAGAUUGGUGAAGGGGUCUAUGUAGACAAGCUCGCUGUGGUCCCAGAAGGCGCGACAGUGGACGACCAUGUGAAGCUUGCCGGUAAUCCUGCUUUUGUCGCGGAUGAACAAGACGACGCUGAUUUCGGAGAAUACCACUGCUGGCUGAUCAUAGGCUUUCUCAAAGCUUGCUGGUUGUUUGUGGAGUUGGGCAUUAUGUAUGGAAUAUGGGUUGCUGCCGGGAUUGUCCAGUCUGCGGGUCCCGAAGAGAUUGAUACAGCCACUCCAGACUACUGGCUGAUCUUUGGAGCAACAUGUAUCCUCUUAUCGCUGUUGAGCAGUAUAGUGAUCAAGCUCAUACUUAUCGGCCAACGUCGACCAGGCAAGAUGAAAGGAUGCGGUUAUCACCUAGCAGACUGGGCUGCAGACUAUCAUUUCAGACUGGUAACGCUGCCAUUUCGAAUCUUUGCCAAGAACUCACGAUUGGUCAACGUCCUUCUGAUGUUGCACGGUUGCAGCAUUGAUUUCGUGAGCAAGGUUGACAUCGAAUCCUUUCCUCCGUCGAAAAUGGAUUUGGUGCGUGUAAGACGAUCUUUCAUUGGAGCCGUCACCUUUGACGUGAAGAGCGAUGGCAUAUUUCACCGAACAAUGCUGGAGGAGGCCAGUUUGGGCCAGUUUUCGCACAUCGGAGCUGACGUCUCCGUAAAGAGAACAGUGAUCCCACCAUUGAGCUAUGUCAAUGAAAGUGUCAUUCAGGAUCGAAUAAAGAAGAAGAAUCGAAUGGGUCAUUCCUGCAAGUUGUACUUCAGAGAGCUUGCGAUUAUUGUCUUAGAUCUGGUGGUUCUGGGAGCUGUUCUGGCUACAGUGUUCCCGUCGUAUUUGAUCUUCAAGGUGUUACUCGAUCUUGUAUCCAUUGCGACAAUUAUACCAUUCACUGCUGCCGCUCUUAUUGCGCAGUCACUGUCAUGGUUUGUGGUUUUUGCUUUGCUCCAAUUCAUCACGUUGUUGGGUACAACGAAAGGACGAAUGCGGCCUUGGUUCCCGUGCCUCCAUCCGGUGUACAUUAACUGCGCCGAUACCUACCAGCAGUGGUCUUUCUUUCGCGUUGUCUGGGGAAGUCCGGUGUUUACGACCAUGGCUCGAAUGAUGGGUGCAAGUGUUGAGGGCCGUGUGGUGUUUCUCGGGGAACGAAUCUACGAUUUUCGGCUCGUGUCGGCAGCAGCACGAACGGUUUUGGAUGGUGUCCUGGUUGUGGGCCACAAUAUUGUCUACGAUCGUUUGAAGUUUGGUCGGUCUCGUUGCAGUGGUAUCAUUCGUGAGAGAACGUUUGUCAUGGCCGAUUCUUCAACGACUCGGAAGGAAAGCGGUCCAUGGCAAGCAAUAGCAAAGUCGACAACCACAGUCACGAGGAAACCUUCCACAUUGAAGCCAGUUGUUUCUCAAAUAUAACGCAAGGAAUGGACUUGUUUCUACAGCCAAGCCGGGCUGCCAUCUACAAGAGGUGGACAUCGAACUGUAACUCUAUAGCAUUCGAUUAUGGUAGAGCCUGAAGCCGGGGUCCAGAUUGCUUCAGGCAUUGACCUUCGACUGACUUUU